CAUAAAAACACAAGUCAUUACUCAUUUAAACACAUUUUGAAUUAUAAAAAUAUAAAUUAUUUUUACAUUAAUUGAUAAUUAUUUUGACGAUUGUAACGAUGGCUAACCAGAUAUUUGUGAGUCAAUUGUCUAUUGAAUUCACUAAUUAUAUUUCAUUUGAUAUAUAAAUCAAUUAAUUGAAGUCAAAGUCAGUGAAGAUGUGAAGCAAAAAACUUAAUUAUUUUCAAGUGUUUUAUAUAAAAAAAAGAUUUAAAGAAAUUAAUAUAAAAACUAAAACUAGUUUAGAAAGUAACGACAAAUUGAGAGACAAAUGUAUAGUAAUUAUUGACACUUUUGGUAAUAUCUUCGGUAAAGAUGAACUCGUCUUCGGCAACACCGAUCAGUUUGUCGGGUGACUCGUGUGCGUCAAACGAGAGUCGAUGUCGUAUAGCAACCCCCGCGCCCACCACUCCUUACCCCUACUCUCCACUCACACCGUACGGCUCUAUCAAUCCAUUUUCAUAUAUGUCUCGUUACUCUACUCCUGCCGGAGUCCCACACAUGGGUUUGCCAUUUGCCGGGCCAUUGGCUAACAGUUUGGUCGGUGGUCUCUCAUAUCCUCCCGAUCUGUUUCACUACAAUCCAUACAGUGCUUUAACACCGACAUCACCACUAACUCCCAGCUCUUUCUGGUCACUGACAGCCCAACAAAGUUAUCAUCAGUUGAAUGGCAUAACAUUUGGUCCGUCGGGUCCCAUCAGUUACAAUAGCAAUGCACACCUGUUUAAUCUGUUUUCGCCAAAUUCAUUGUCGCCAAUGAGUCCGAGCCCUGACAUACACUCGCCCUCACUCUACCCGAGAGUAUCGUUGCCAUCACCCUAUGCCACAAGUCCCGGACUUUCUUCAGCUUAUAUGAGUCCCUCAUCGAUGCCAUUACUACUAUCGCCCUCAUUAUCAUCGAGUGUCGAUAGGCCGCCAACCUAUUUAAGUGAUAAUACGACAAACCCAUCCACACCAUCAACAACUCCAUCAAUCACACCAUCGAUUAUUAAAUGCGAACCAACAGACAAUGUCAACUAUAAUUCACUGAAAACAAGUCAAACAUUAAACUCAAAUAAUAUUACAAAAAAUAAUAUUGAAAACAAUUUUGACAGCGAUAGACAUUUUAAUGGUUUAAGUGAUGAAAGUUAUUAUAAAACAAGUGUCAAACACAAUGAACAUAAUCAUUGCAAUAAUAAUUCAAAACACAAUACAAAACAUCCAAAGAAACUAAUGACUACAACCAUUACGACAGCAACGACCACAACGAAAAUUAAAGAGAAACACUCAGCACGAGUGGAACCAUUGAUCAGAUUAAAUGAUAAUAUCAUUGAUAGAGAAGCAAUAAAUGGAGAUUCAAUGGAUAAGCAAAAUGAUAUCUAUAGGACAAAUGAUAAGACACUGCUUGAUGUGAUUGACGAAAGAAAAUCACAGCACAGGGAUGACAUGAAUGAUGACAAUAAUGACAAAUACAAGAAAAGCCAUAAAUUAGUUGACUCGAGGGUUAAAUCAGAGUUGAUUUCGUGUGAUAUGAGUUUGCCUUUGAUAUCUGUUAAAUCAGUGCCUAAUUUUAACGAUAAUACAAGUGAUUUCACUAUUAAACAUAAUAACAGUGAACAUAACAUAACCACAAAUAAAUUAAGUCAUAAACACCGCAAAUCAUCUGAUGAUAACACAGAUGAUAAUCAUCUAAUUUUGAGUCAAAAGAAUCUCAUAGAGGAUAUCAAUGAUGGCUCGAUUGAUAUCAAUGAUGUUAUAUCAAGCAAUGAUAAGACAUUGACUGACAAUAAGAAAGUAGCCAAAGAUACAAAACGAGAGUCUCAGUUAAAGCAAUUACAAUCCUAUAGGAAAGAGUCUCAUAGACUUGUAGCCAUCAAUGGUAAUCAACAAAAUGAUAAUAAAGACAACCAAAUGAUUCAUCAAUCAAAUACAGCCAUAUCUAUAGUAAAGCCAAAACCCAAAGAUCGUUAUCCGAGUGGUGACACUUAUAAAGAUAUUGCUAAUACAAAAUCAGGGAACAGUCACUUAUCGACAUCUGAGAAUCAAUCAUUAAUUUCAUCUACGGUGACCACAAUAUUGACCACAGAGUCAAACGUAACUGCAAUACCAUCUAUAAGUGCAAUCCCCAGGACUCAAACUGUCAUUCCUUGUGGUACAACAAAGUUGGCUAAUAAGAUAACACCAUUGAAUGUUUCCAACAAUUUGAGUGCAAAUAAUACUAAACAAAAUAGCAAACUAGUAAACGGCAAGAGAUCAACAGUCAGUAAUCAUAUGACAGCUCGUGUUGAUAAUCAAAACAAUGUCAACAAUGCUGUCAAACAGUUGCCCAAAAAGCCGCGCCUAUCUCGCAAACAAUCUUCAGCAACAAUACCGGUAGGAAUUGCAAUCGCACAACAAAGAACAUCACCUAAGACUAAAUCACCGACAGAAUCGGUGAACAACGCGUCACAACAACUCAAACCAAUUCUUCCAACGUUAUCACUUCCAGUGAUGGCCAAUAGCCCUAUACUUAUAACAGACUCUCCUCCAACCGGAACUUCCCUCUGGAUUAAACCAUCCGCUAAUUCAUCCUUAAAUAACACUAAUAGUACACCCAUUCAAACUAAUAGUCCCUUUUCUUUCUCCAGUGAUUAUCAGUUGGCUAGGGAUUCAAUUACAGGUCAUCUCUAUCUUAUACGAAACUCUUCCUCUCUUCCAACAACACCCACAACAACACCAAAGCCAUCAAUUAUAUCACCAAUGAACAUAAAGAGCGCAGAUAACUCAAAAUCAAGUCCAGCGAUAAUCACAGUACCAGUUGGACCAACACCACAACAACAGUUUUUUGCCAGUUUAAGUCAGACACCGACAUCAACGUUGAUAUUGGACACCACUCAGAGCGCACCGUUAGUUCAAAUUGCAGCUACAGCUCCAGUAUCAACAAUGAUGACCAACAUUAACAACAAUAUGAUCACUAGUUUAGCAAAUCAUAAAUUGAAGUCAACGAUGAAUGGCAAUGAAUUGAGUGAUAACUUAGUGAAUAUUGAAUGCGGAUGUCAGGCAUCCAUCAGUGAUGAAGAGUUUUCAUGUGAUAACAUUAAGACAACGGCCACUCAGGUGGACAUGGAUUGUAUUCAUUCAUCAGAAGACGAUGAUGACAACGAUGGCAAACAAUUUAAAUUGAAUUUAUUUAAUGAAACAAAACAAAAUCAAAGUCAAGUCGAUACCAAUGAAUCGGACGAUGAGUCGAGUCGUGACUCAAUUCAAUUACAAAUAGUCGACGAAAUGUUGGCCACUGACGAACCGCCACAACUUCCUGUUAAGUCUGCACCUGUUAUGCAAUUUAUAGAUCACCACGGAUUAGAUUUGUUGGUUGAUUCCAUUGAAGAGUUUGCUGCCAGACAAGAGACAACUACACCCAACACUGACUUACCAGUCAAUGGUCUUCAACUUUUAAGCACUUUAGCUGAACAAAGAUCUCGUGAGGAAAUGUUGAGUACAGAUACUGGUGCUAUGAGAAGACAUUCAGUAGAUUCCAGUAUUAUUAGCAAUGGUCUCAAUAGUAAUAAUGAUAAUCCAACAAAAAUUUUAGUAAAACCAUUAAAGAAAAGACAAAGAUCUGAGUCUUGUUUUACAUCAAAUUCUAUUAGAUAUAAUGAAAGUGACAAUUCAUUGGCAGAUCUUAAAAAGGUUAUGAAGACAUCGGGCUCACAAACAGAUGUUGUCAACAAAAGAGACACUAGUUUUGCGUGUUUUAGAAAAAAUGAAAAUAUAUUCAAAAAAGAUUCUUUAGUUUCCACAGUUAAAGAUGUCAAUAAUGGUUGUGAAGAUGACAAUAAAGAUAAGAAUGUGUUAAACUCUAAUCAAAAGUUUAACAAACCUAAAGAUAAUAUCAAUUUAAAGAGUACUUCUCCUAUAAAUAAUAUCAAUGCCUAUAAAGUUAGUAACAACGAGAGGAAUGUUGUAUCAAAUGGCGUCGAUUCUAUCAAAGCCAAUGAGAAACCGCAUUAUGUGUUUGUCGGCACCAAAACUGACCACUUAAAUGGUAAUCAAAAUAAAUUUAUCGACAAUAGUAUCCAUAAAACAAAAAAUAAUGAUAAGCACCUUAACUGUGAUAACAAUAAACAAAAAACUAAUAAUAAUAAUAUAAAUGAUUUUAAAAAAUGUAAAUUUAAUGAUCAACAAAAAAUCAAGAAGAAAAAGAAGAAAAUUCCACAAAUUUUGUCGACAUUUAAUACCUCUAUUAGUAGCACCUCUUUAAUGGCCAUUAAUGGUAAUAAAAAAGAUAAAAAAAGAAAGAAGUUUUUGAGUAAAGAAACGCAACUCAAGAAGAAAAUUAAAACGGAUCACAACAAACAAAUCGAUGAAAGUAUAGAAAGUAUUAUAAGAAAAGUUACUCAAAAAGACCAAAUUGACAGCGAAUUAGAGGACAAACCUUCACCUAAAGCAUCGAAACUUAUUGCUGACAACCAUAAAGAUUCACUAAAUAUUGAAUUUAAAGAUGAAAAUAGAAAGAAGAAACUCAUUAGUGAUCCAUCAUUUGAAUUGUAUGACGAAAAGAGAAUGAAAUUGUUAGACGAGACCAUUGAUGAAGUAAUUGCCAAACAUUUGCAAGAGUCGAAUAACGAACUUAACGGUAAUGAUGACAUAGUUGUUACUGAAAACGAUGAAAAAGUGUCUCAAGUGAUGACAUCCACAACAAAUGAUUCCAAGAUAACAGAAGAGUCAUUAAAAACUAUAGAGACUCCCAAACCAAAGUCGUUUGUCAAACAGAUAUCCAACUGUUCCAUUGAGUCAUCUACGUCUUCCUCAGCCUCUUCAGCAUCUGAUUCCAGUCAGUCAUCACUUCCACUGCUAAACCUUAAACUAUCUGAAAGUGAUUUGGAUUUAAAACUUAAUGUGAUUAUGUUAGUCGAUGGGCUAUUAUUUAUUGGUGAGAUCUGUCCCAUACAACCACCAGAUAUAUAUGGUAUAGUACUUCACGGCGAAAGACAGCACAGACCUAUUAUAUAUUCUCAAGAAGAUAUGCUUAAUGAAGCCAUUCGUGAAGUGAAGCCAUCAAUUGAUGAUUUAACUGUUGGACAGAGAGUAUGUGCGUUUUGGUCGACCCAAUACAGACAUUUAUAUCCCGGUUAUGUGCGCACAUCAUCACCGCAUCCAACAUUAGUGUUUGUCGAGUUUGAUGAUGGAGAUAAUGGACGCAUACCUAUUGAAGAUAUAAGACUUCUACCUCAAGAUUAUCCACAGAUGAAGAUUAAUGCGGAUCCACUCAAAAACUUAGAGCGAAAAAGACGAAUGAGCUCUUGUGGUAAAGACAGUCGACAUUCAAAAUACAUUAACGAAACAAUUGACAAUAAAAAAUCAAAUAAUGAAAGUGUUGUUAAAUCCAUUUUUACAAAAAUUAAAUCCAAUGAUGAAAUGAAACAGAAAAAGGAUAAUUUAAAAAUGAAAUCUAAGAAUAGCUCAACAAAUACUGUAUUUAAUAGUUUGUUAUUAAAGAGAAAGAAGAAAAAACAUAACAAAGAUGAUCGACAUCACAGACACCAUCACAACCAUAAGCAUCAUCACUGUCGCCAUCACAAAAAAUGUAAAAAACAUAAAAAAUUAAAAGAUACGAAAGCUUUCAACAAUAAUAACAACAAUGAUGUCUAUAAUAUCAAUAGUGAAACAAAUAAUGAACACAUUAGUAGCAAAAGUACUAAACAAAUGACUCAUAAGUUUGGUAACAGUGCUAUUAAAGAGAUAAAAGAUGACCAAAAAGCCAAUGUGUUAAACGCACAGAAGGUUGAGAGCACUGGCAAUGAGAUCAACAAAAGUGAUGAAUACAGACCUAAGAUAGCCUUUAGAAGUGUUAUCAAAAAGACAGCCAAAGAACGAGCUUUAAAUCUAUUGCGAACAGACUUAAGUGAAAAGAUGUGCACAUUAUUGAGUCCAAUUCGGAAGCGAACUAAUCCUAAUGACACCACAAAUAAAACACCAAAUGUUAACACAGAUAUCAUAACAAAACCUAAAAAGAGAGAACGUAUGCCUUCGUCUGCAGAGAAAAGCAAAAUUGCAGCCUUUCUUCCCGAUAGACAAUUAUGGCACUGGUCUGGCAAAUACAUCAAACGCACCGGUAAUAAAGGUUCGAGAAAUAGGAAAAUAUAUUAUAAAUCAAUUGAAAGGGGAAGAGAACACAUACGUAUUGAUGACUGUGCCGUCUUCUUGUCCACCGGUCGACCACAUUUGCCAUAUAUUGGUCGUAUUGAUUCAAUGUGGCAAACAGGUAGUGGCACUAUGAUAGUGAAGGUGCGAUGGUUUUACCACCCCGAAGAAACUAAAGGAGAUCCAGUGCCUCUUAUCGAUAACAGAGGUGCAUUGUUUGAAUCGUCACAUUUCGAUGUCAAUGACGUGCAAACCAUAUCACAUAAAUGUCAAGUGAUUUCAUGGACUGAAUUACAAGAGAGACGUCUUGAGAAUCCGUCGCUUAUGGUAUCGGAUGAUCCGCCAAACAUAUACUAUUUGGCCGGUAGUUAUGAUGCAUUAACAGGUCGUAUAGAUAUGGAUACCGCUGUUCCUGUCAAAGAUAAACACGAAACAAAAGAUGACUACAAAUCUGAAAAAAUCCAAAAAACAACUUCAAUUCAAUUACAAAAAUCUAACGUCGAAAAUGAGUAAAUAUUUAGAAAUUAAGUUUUAAAGAUAUGAUUACAUAUAUAUACCGUCUAUUUUGUGAAGUAAUU